AUGCAAUUUCCGACGACUUCCGAAGUUUCGCAGAGCCCGCAGGCGUCAUUUUUAACGCCCACAAGCGGAUCAGGCCUGAAGCACCGCAUUCGAGAGCUUGAAUGCAUAAUUGACUCCGAACUCAAAACGCUUCAGCGCCAGGUACAACAGCUGAAGUCGCAGAAAAUUGUCCAAACUGGCCGAACAGAAGAAGUUGUGCAAGAAGCGAAGGAGGAAAUUUUGGCCGCCCUGCAACACUCAAAAAGCGAGCUGAAGCAGUUUUUCCUCCAGCAAAGAACCGAAAACCAGCGACUUCAUGAGAUGAUACGGGCUCUGCGAAACGAAAAUUUCGCCUUGCAACAGAGCCACCUAGCUCUCCAACGCAGACUCCAAACGGCUGAAGUGGAUUUGGGCCAGUAA